AUGAGCGCCCCGACACGUGGGAGGACGUUUGCCGACGUGGUCCGCUGCAUCAAUAACUGGCCGCGCAGGAGUGUGGCCCACGGCUCCAACAGUCUUGAGCUGACGAGGAUCUUAGUCGAGCGACUCCGCAUGCAGGGUCACCUCAAAAAGCUGCGCUUUGUCCACGUGGCGGGUACAAAGGGGAAGGGCACCACCGCCGCCUACACCGCCGCGCUGCUGCAGGCGUACGGCUUCAGGGUGGGCCUCUUCACCUCCCCGCACCUCGUGGACGUCCGGGAGCGCAUGCUGGUGAACAACGCCCUGGUGCCGAAGGAGGUCUUCGCGGGGUACUUCUUUGGCAUGAUGGACCGCAUCGCCGACCUCGCCAACGCGGAGAGCCAAAUCUCGCGGGACGUCGCGAGGCUCCCAAACUACUUCCGCUCCCUCUUUAUGCUCGCGCUGGACAUCUUCGUCGCGGAGUCGGUGGAGGUGGCGGUGGUGGAGGUGGGCAUCGGCGGCCGCCUUGACUCCACGAAUGUCAUUUCACCGGAGGUGUCCGUCAUCACCGCCCUGGGCCUCGACCACACGUCCAUUUUGGGCAACACGGUGGAGGAGAUCGCGGCGGAGAAGGCCGGCAUCAUCAAGCCCGGGGUCAUCUGCUACACCGCCCCGCAGGAGUGGCACCCGUCGACGCUGAAGGUGUUGGAGGCGGCCGCGCGUGCGCAGCAGGCCCCGCUGGUGGUGGUGAACGCGACGACUCUGCCGAUCUUCAGCUGGCCGCCGCUGGCGAUUGGCGGGGCCCACGCCCUGGAGGACGCCAAGCUGGCGCUGCUGGCGGCACGCUACGUGGCGGGGAAGCCUGCCGACCAUGCCGCUGAAUGCCGUGGAGCGGCACGUGCUGCAGACGAUGACGUUCCCGGGCCGCUCGCAGGUGCUGCCGAUCGGCGGCGGCGCGGGGGUGACGCUCUACCUCGACGGCGCCCACACCUUUGA